AAACAACCUCAAGCUGGCGAAUGUUCAAUAAACACAAUUCGAACGGCGAAUAAUACAGAAGCAGAUUGGUGGAAAAGGAUUGGCAAGAGAAUUGAACGCAUCGGUCAACAAACUCGAGAUGCCACCAUCCAGGUCAUUGGCGUAGCUCAACAGGCGAACAAUGUUGCGGCAACAUUAAAGGGAUGAACCAGCCAGCUGAUACAACAAACAAUGAAAUGUAAUGUUUAUUUAGUUAGAUCAUUUUGUGACUGAUAUUAAAUUAAUAGUACAAAAAUAAAUUCUUUUUACUUUUA